UGAUCAACGAAGACAAAAAAAAACAAAAUGAUGCUCUGCUCCAUUCCAUUCCGUUUCUCCUCUAGCGCGCGACGUCUAGAACGCGUUAUUCUAGGUACUCCUCUAGCCCUCCCACGAGUUAGCAGCUUGCAUUUCGACACGGAGCCAGGUUUCGCGAUAGCGAGAGAGUUUCACGAAUUCUUCCUUCCCGCUCUUAGAGUCUCCCAUCCAACAUCAUUAGAUGUGCAGUGGACAGAACGAAGUUCUUCUAGUACUUCACCAAGUGGGAAAGAUGCAGAUGAUAGGAAGAAGGUAGGAGCAGGAGGUGGUUCGGAACAUCAUAUAGAAGAUAGAAGCUCCAAGUCGAAUUCCGGAGCACAAUUUACCUCUGGGAAAGCAAUUGUUCCACAAGAAUCGCGCAAAGGGAAAAAGAUGAAGAAUCGUCUAUAUGUGACGCUUACAAACGACUGCCAUGGAGAAAUACAGCUUGACAGAUAUGCGAGUUCGCAUCAACUGAUGCGACGGUUGCUGAAAAUCUAAUACUCAAGCUUUAGAGCAGGACCCUUCGUCAACCAGUCUAUACCUCGAACUGUUGACCAUAUUAAACACGAUUAAGGGAUUAUCUUCAAGGGGGGAUCUGCAUGGUUUCUGGCUUUCUUCUUUUUCAUCUCGGAAGGUCCCUCCGACGGACUAUUCUCAGAUUGGUGACGCUGAACGAGAAGCAGUAGAUAGAGCCAGAAGAUGAUGUCAU